AUGCCCAGCGGAUUAUUUCCUGUUACUUGGGAUGCCAAAUACGCCUCCAGUUCGGAUGAAGAGUUUGAAGAAUUCUUAGAAAGUAAUAUUCUCAUGCUCUCUAAUGUCCAUAGGAAAAUCUCCGAACUAGAGAUUCUAGAGUUCUUUCAAGGUUGCAACUGCCAAGUGGUUUUAAACAAGAAACGAGAAUUUAGAGUUGAGUUUCCAUCUCACGAAGAAGCAAUGGCAGCGUUGCAAAACUUUAAUGAAGUGAAAUUGGUGGGACGAACUAUUAGUCUUACCAGGUCUACAUAUCCGAUGUAUAAAAUUUUCUGCAUCAAAGGUUUCAAGAACACAUUACUGCCAACUGUCAAACGCCAAGUAGUGAAUGAAAUUUUUGAAAACGAUUUUGGGUAUCUUUACAUGUAUUUGGGGGAUCAGGUUGAUGUGGAAAAAACUGUGUUGCAGAAGAGAAAAUACCUUCAAGUCAAAGAAUGUCGAAUGAAGGGGAAAGUCAAUAAAAGCCUAUCAUCUAACUGGAAGACAGUUGCGUUUUCAUACAGUGUCUUACUCUCUCAUAUCUCUGAAAGUUUUGCGCUUCAUAGACCAAACACAUCUUAA